AUGAUUGUGAAGGAGGUGAAAAGGAGGCGACUAGAACUGGACGGAGGACGCUACUGUCACACCAUUGUGAGAGUAGCAGUUACAAGCACGGACAGUGAAGGCACGUGGAAAACCCUCCAGAGAUACUGCGAGGUCGUCACGCCACAUGAAGAAGAGACGGAGGGGGCUAGGAAUGUUGAUCCCGCAGCCCAUCCGCGUCGCCGUAGGAGACCACAGCUUCGCCGUUCCACCGUGCAAUAUUAUAUAUAUAAUCCCAAGCACGCAGGCGCUUCAGUAGGAGAACAGCGGCUAAUGCGGCCAAAAGAAGGGAUGAACUGGACCUCCCUCAGCUCUACAAAUCCUGGCGAAUUGGGUGGGAAUGUGAGUAUGGCCCUUGCUGUUAACUGA